UACACGGAAGUGGUCCGUCUGUGUAAACUGUUCGAUCAACCGCAAAUUAAGCGCAUAAACAAUCAACUCAUGCAGUACAGCUGCUUCGACGCACUGAUUUCGUGAGACGAUACUGUAGCGGUAGUAAAUGGUUGGAAGUGCGUGAAACAGCCAGGUUUAAAUAUUUUUAAACAUUUCUGAUAACGGAACACGUUUCAGUAGCUAACUGAUUUGAAAGAGAGAACCUACGUUAGCUGGCUAACGGUAGCAGCCAUGGCGGAGGUCCCAGGUACUUCUAGUGAAACGAUAACGGAGACAGUAACGAUCAACACACCGCCACCGCCCCAGCAGGAGGGUCGAAGUCUGACCAUAAAGCUUAGAAAGCGGAAAACGGAGAAGAAGGUGGAAUGGUCCAGCGACACGGUUGAUAACGAACACCUGGGCAGGAGAUCAUCGAAAUGUUGCUGUGUAUAUGAGAAGCCGCGCCAAUUUGGCGAGUCGUCCACAGAGAGUGAAGGGGAGGAUGAUGAUGGGUGCGGGAGUGCACACUGCAUCAUGGGCCAUGGGAGCCGGCACAGACCGGGUGAAGGUGGCGGCGGCGGCGGUGGGGGCACAGCGCCCCCUAGCUCUGGAGGUCCAAACACCCACUGAUGCAUGUCAGUGUAGCUGGUGGCCAACUGGUGGGGAUUGCAGUCUGUGACCGUCAUAGAGAUAGCUCUACUCACCCCUCAUUGCACUCAGUCACUGCGUUCCCUGGAGAGAAUGAGAAUCUCACACACAGACACAGGCUCUGAUGCUAGAGAACCAAACAUCUUCACAAUCAUAACGCUUUGGAUGUAUGUGGCAGUAAGGGUGGGGUUAAAUAAUUGUACAUAUACAUCAGUUUGACCUCUUUUUACAUAGUUGAAUUCCCCUUUAUUAUUUAUUUGUUUGUGUUUAAUAUUAGCCUUAAGUAGAGUGUAUUUCAUAAGAAGGCACCCUCGAUGGGAUAGUCUCCAUGCUGAGCACCUUUGCGCUUCAAGAGGUUUUGGUUGUUUAUGUCUUCUGGCUAAAUGACGUUAGCACUGUGCUUGUCCAGUGGCUUACUCCUAACACCAUAUCACUAUACAAUUCAAUAUGACCAAAUUAGAGAUAACUAUACUUAAACAUUACUACUCUAGACCAGACUGAGUAACUCGAGACCCUGAAGAGGUGACCAUAUUUGUGAAUUCCCCAACAGCUCUGCAAGAACACAAGCCAUGGCAACUUGCUGCAGACUCCACAUAGUUCUGACAAUCUGUGUGCUUGAACGAGUGUGGCCUAGCUUAUGGUUAAGUGUGUUUAAAGGUGCGUGCUGCACCUGCUGUGAAUAUGUAAAAGUUUGAUUCCUAAAACACUCAUCUGUAAUCCGAUGAGGCUUCCCCCCAAGAAAGCAGAGAAGAGCCCGAACAGCUGUCAUCAAAAAGUCGACUUGCUAAACAGUGCUGAUCUGGGCACAUUUUCAUUCCUUUCAAGACGAGUUGGGAUAGUGAGACAGAAGCCAUACAAAGAAUUCAGCGAUUAGACGUGACUGUUUUCUCAUAUGGGCAGACGGUGACUCAGGUGGGCCCACCUCCCUUCGACUCUUCCUCAGCUCACACACAUUCACAAAGCAUAUCACACCCACUUGCACACCACAGCUUCAAAAACAAAAGUCUUAAAAAAAAAAAAAUCUCUCUCAGACCGAACCAGAGCUCAUCUCAAGCACAUCACGUGAAAUUCGAAACCCUACGGUCCAAGAGCACUGCUAAGCUGAGUUCUUGGCCAAGGAGUAAGCCACGUGCAUGUUGCUGUGGGUGCGCCCCUGCUCUGCACCAGACACAGCAUCGGAGUGUGAGUCAGUGUGCGUGUGUGUGUAUGAGGGUGGGUGCAUGGCUAAUCACUGUCUGAAAAGGCGUGUUUGUGAUAAAUGAUGUCUCCAGUCCAGCUUUGGCUGGACCUCUGCCUCCUGGUCAUCUGUGUUACACAUCUGACUGCUUAGCCUCACAAUGCAGGAUUAUCCUACCAGUAUAUGCCACCAUUUUCUACAAUAAAACCUUCAGUAUGUAUGUUACUUAACUGAUGAUGCACAUGUGUGUAUAUAAUGAAAAAAAAAACAUAACAGAGUUAAUGUGAAUAAAGAGGUUUGACCCGUG